CGUAUUCGUUCGAAUCACGAGAAGUAUUGCACAUAGUCACAAGCGCCAAGAAACUAUGAAUCAUGUGACAUUGCGUGUCACGUGACCAGUGUUUAUAGCGUCAUCAUGGCGGUGUGUAUAGCAGUUAUUGCUAAGGAGAACUAUCCACUGUACAUUCGGAGCGUUCCUACACAGGGGGAACUCAAGUUCCACUACACAGUGCACACUUCUCUGGACGUGGUGGAGGAGAAGAUCUCUGGUGUGGGCAAAGCCUUGGCCGACCAGAGGGAGCUUUAUCUGGGACUGCUAUAUCCAACUGAGGACUACAAAGUAUAUGGCUACGUGACGAACUCUAAGGUUAAGUUUGUGAUUGUUGUUGACUCUUCCAACACAUCUCUGCGAGACAAUGAAAUUAGAAGUAUGUUCAGAAAGUUACACAACUCUUUCACUGAUGUAAUGUGUAACCCAUUCUAUAAUCCUGGUGAUCCAAUUCAAUCAAAGGCUUUUGACAGUAUAGUUUCAACUAUGAUGGUGCAGGCCUGCUGAUGUGCUCUCUUCACAAUUGUAUAUAUUUACAUCAGUGUCUAUUGGGUAUUGUUUGCACGUUUGUAAGGUGAAAAUAAAUAUUUAAUUUGUGUUUCAUAAAA